CACAGAAAAAAAUGUCAUGAGUUACAACGUAACACGUCAGUGCCUCCCCAGGUCUGUGUUUCCUGGAGUGGCAGUGUGAGAUCAGUUCUAACCUGCUCAGCAGGAAUAACGGUCCUUUCCUCAACUACUCCCAGGGCUUAUAAUAUCUGCAAGACCUCACCUAUUUUAUUAGCAUUUCUGGCUCUUCAUGCAUCAUCUCCUCCUGGUCCCUCACACAAACUACCAUCAGGACUUUUGAAGAGUCUGCGUGCUGCUGAUACAGGGAGUCCAUGCAAACUGCAAUCUGAUCCACAGUUAUCAAUGAGGCAAGAGAUCAUGGCGGAUGGCCCCAGGUGUAAGAGGAGGAAACAAGCCAAUCCGAGAAGAAAAAACGGCGGACUUAAAUUGCACAUUGACAAAGAUGAUCUGGACCUUUCCCCUCUUCCAGAACGAGACCAAAAUAUUUAUAGGAGAACCGCGUCAAGUCACAUGUUGAGUUACGAUAAUGUAUUAGACACGGGUUCAGAAACAGAUGAAGAUGACAAACUCCAUAUUGCCGAAGAUGACAGUAUUAUUACCACUUUGGACCAGGAAACGAGUCCAGCCAGCAUGCUUAACCAUGAUUCUUCACCACAUGCCAACCAAGUACUCUUGCCAAGGGAGGAAGAAGAAGAUGACUUAAGAGAGCAUGCAGUAGAACGCAGCUGGAAUAACAAUGACAUUUUGAAGGCUUCUGUAGAUGGUUCUGACGACUUGAAAGAUGAUUACGACACUUUGGGGCCAGAUGCCAGUCGUCUAACCACUAUGAAUAACGGUGCAGUGAAGAAUGCAAAUUGUACACCAGAAUUUGAGGAAUACUUUGCCAAAAGAAAAAUGGACGAUGGAGACAACCACGGAGUUAGUAUAGCAGAGUAUUUGCAACGUAGCGACACAGCCAUUAUUUACCCAGAAGCCCCGGAGGAACUGUGUCGUCUGGGCACGCCAGAGGCGAACGGACAGGAGGAAAAUGAAUUGCCACCUGGAACACCAGAUGCUUUUGCCCAGCUGUUGACCUGUCCCUAUUGCGACCGGGGCUACAAACGUUUGACAUCGCUGAAGGAACACAUCAAAUAUCGCCAUGAGAAAAACGAGGAAAACUUUUCGUGCCCUCUUUGCAGCUAUACAUUCGCUUACCGCACCCAGCUUGAACGACAUAUGGUGACGCACAAGCCAGGGAGAGAUCAGCACCAAAUGUUGACCCAAGGAGCAAGUAAUCGAAAGUUUAAAUGCACAGAAUGCGGUAAAGCCUUUAAAUAUAAGCACCAUCUGAAGGAACACCUGCGAAUUCACAGUGGUGAAAAGCCGUAUGAAUGUCCAAACUGCAAGAAACGUUUUUCCCAUUCAGGCUCGUACAGUUCACAUAUAAGCAGCAAGAAAUGCAUUGGUCUAAUAUCGGUCAAUGGGAGGAUGAGGAAUAAUAUGAAAACAAGUUCAUCUCCGAACUCUGUAUCUUCUUCGCCCACAAACUCAGCCAUAACACAACUGCGGCACAAGCUGGAGAAUGGUAAACCACUUGGUAUGUCUGAACAGUCAGGCUUACUGAAAAUCAAAACCGAAUCCUUAGAUUACAAUGAAUAUAAACUCCUUUUGGCAGCCACACAUGGAUUUAAUGGGCCUAAUCCAUUCAUGAAUGGUGGUCUUGGAGGAUCUAGCCCACUGGGAAUCCACUCCUCAGCUCAAAGUCCAAUGCAGCACUUGAGUGUAGGAAUGGAAGCAGCCCUUCUUGGCUACCCACCAAUCAGCAGUAACUUAAGUGAGGUUCAGAAGGUACUCGAAAUUGUGGACAAUACUGUUUCUAGGCAAAAGAUGGAAUGCAAGUCUGAAGAAAUUACAAAAAUGAAGGGCUAUCAUAUGAAGGAAACAGGGCAUCAAGCAGAGGAACAAGGGGUUACAUCCCCUGGAAUACCACCAGGGGGUCUUCCAGUUGUUAGUCAUAAUGGUUCCACAAAAAGUAUUAUUGAUUAUACGUUAGAGAAGGUUAAUGAAGCCAAAGCUUGUUUGCAGAGUUUGACUACAGAUUCAAGAAGGCAGUUUAGUAGUAUUAAGAAAGAAAAGUUACGUACACUGAUAGAUCUCGUAAGUGAAGACAAGAUGUUAGAGAGCCACAAUAUAUCCACUCCCUACUCUUGCCAGUUUUGUAAGGAAGGUUUUACAGGUCCCAUUCCUUUACAUCAACAUGAAAGAUACUUAUGUAAGAUGAAUGAAGAAAUCAAAGCUGUUCUUCAGCCCAAUGAAAACCUGAUCCUCAACAAACAAGCAAUGUUUGCGGAGAAACAAGCACUCCUGUUUUCAUCGGUACUUUCUGAGAAAGGAAUGAAUAGCCCCAUCAACCAAUACAAGGACCACAUGUCUGUACUCAAAGCAUAUUAUGCUAUGAACAUGGAGCCCAACUCUGAUGAACUACUGAAAAUUUCCAUAGCUGUUGGCCUUCCUCAGGAAUUUGUCAAGGAAUGGUUUGAGCAAAGGAAAGGCUACCAAUAUGCAAAUUCAAGGUCACCAUCUCUGGAAAGGACCAGUGCUGAGGUGGCUCUGGCUACCACCAUCAACACUCCCACUAAAGACUCACUAUCAGCCAGAUCUCCAAUAAAGCCUGUGGACUGUAUAACUUCCCCAUCUAUAGCAGAACUUCAUAAUCGGGUAUCUAAUUGUGAUACACCUCUCAGGCUAACAAAAUCUAAUCAUUUUGCUGGUAUAAAACCAGUUGUUGAUAAAUUGGACCACUCAAGGAGCAAUACUCCAUCUCCUUUAAAUCUUUCUUCCACAUCUUCUAAAAACUCCCAUAGUAGCUCUUACACUCCAAACAGUUUCUCUUCCGAGGAACUCCAAGCUGAGCCUUUGGACUUGACGGUACCAAAACUAAUAAGUGAAUCCAAAAGUAUUAUUGCCAUAAAGAACAAAACUAAACCCAAUAAUAUAUCUCUUGACCACAACAAUGUUUCUUUAUUACUCGAUACUGUAGAUGAGCCACUUAAUUUAACUUACAUUAAGAAGGAAUUUUGUCAUUCAAAUAAUCUGGACAAAAGCAUGAACCCACGAUUUGCUAUGAAUCCAUUUACAGGAAAACCUUUGUAUUCAGCUCUCCCACCGCAAAGCGCAUUUCCAUCGGCCACUUUUAUGCCUCCUGUACAGACAGGUAUUCCGGGAUUACGACAUUACCCAGGACUUGACCAGAUGAGCUUCCUACCACACAUGGCCUACCCAUAUCCAACCGGUUCAUCUACAUUUAUAGAUAUGCAGCAGAGAAGGAAGUACCAGCGAAAACCAGGAUUUCAGGGUGAAAUGCUUGAUGGGACAUCAGAUUACAUGUCAGGCUUGGAUGAUAUGACAGAUUCUGACUCCUGCCUGUCCAGAAAGAAGAUUAAGAAAACAGAAAGUGGCAUGUACGCAUGUGAUUUAUGUGAUAAGACAUUCCAGAAAAGUAGUUCACUUCUGAGACACAAAUAUGAACAUACAGGAAAGAGACCACACCAGUGUCAAAUCUGCAAAAAAGCAUUUAAACACAAACAUCACCUAAUAGAGCAUUCACGUCUGCACUCUGGCGAGAAGCCAUACCAAUGUGACAAAUGCGGAAAACGCUUCUCACACUCGGGGUCCUACUCACAGCACAUGAAUCACAGGUACUCCUACUGUAAGAGAGAGGCCGAGGAAAGGGAAGCAGCAGAGAGGGAAGCCCGUGAGAAGGGUCAUUUGGAACCCACCGAGCUACUGAUGAAUCGGGCUUAUUUGCAAAGUAUUACUCCUCAAGGCUACUCUGACUCAGAGGAAAGAGAGAGUAUGCCAAGGGACAGGGGGAGCGAAAGAGAUCAUGAAAAGGAGGGGGAAGAUGUUUACGAAAAACUGGGAAGACAGGAUGGUGACGAAGAGUUUGAAGAGGAAGAGGAAGAAAGUGAAAAUAAAAGUAUGGACACGGAUCCAGACACAAUUAGAGAUGAGGAGGACAAUGGAGACCACUCAAUGGACGAUAGCUCAGAAGAUGGAAAAAUGGAAACCAAAUCAGAUCAUGAAGAAGAAAUUAUGUAAUAAACUACUGCAUUUUAAGCCUUUGAGUGCCAGAGGGUGCAGAAAGGAACAAAAGGCAUUUCUCACACCUCGGGCACUCGUAGGAUUAAGCUUCCUAUAAUAUAUAUUUUUUUCCAGUAGUAUUGUUACCUGCUUGAAAACACUGCUGUGUUCAUGCACGUGCCUGAAGCUUCCAGGAAGCCUGUAUAGAUGAACUGAAAUGGGGGCAGUUCUGCCAAAAGUCAAAUGAAGUUUGAGUUGGUUAUGAUUAAGAACUGCAUUAUGCAAAAUUUUUGUACAGUAUUAAGGCCUAAAAACUGUGUGGUUCAAGAGACUAAACCCUGUGUUUAAUAGCAUUUAUACUUUAAGCACAAAAUAGUUAAUUGUACGAAUUGCACUCUACUUAUAUAUCACUACAAACUUUAAAAUAAAAUAAAAAAAAGAUAUUUCUAAUUUAUAUUAAUACAUUAAAAAAAAAAAAAAAAAAAGUGCCGGCACUGUUUUAAUUCAGUGUUAUUAUUCCACAUUAAUUUAUGGUGCUCGCACUACAAAACAUCAGUAUUAUGAUUCCUUUGUACUUUACUCUUCAUAACUUCUCAGUUUUAUGCUAAGUAACCACACAAUUUUAGGCCUCCUUUUUUAAUUUUUUUUUUAAUAUUAAUAUUAUUAUUAUUAUUUUUAUUUUUUUAAUAUGAAGGAACAUGAAGUGUUGCAUGUUAUUUGGAAAAAAAAUGAAGUCUUAAAGUGACCUGGAGAGAAAGGAAAAAGGAUGAUGAGAAUUAAAGAAAGCCUUUGUAAGGUGGUUUUUUUAAAAGCCUUAUAUGCAAACCUUUUAAUCUGUGUGUUUCUUCAAGUGCCAUCCUUGUACAGUAUUAAAAAGGUAACAUUUGUUACCUAAGCACCAGCUUCAGUGUUAAGCUCACCCUGUUCUUUGAAGCACCCAUGUCAGUAUUAGGAGAAUAGGCAGCAGUUCCUUAGUUUACAUAUGUUUGUGCAAUGUUUGUGCAAUUUUUUUUCUGUAUUAUAUAUAUUUUUUUUUCUUAUUUUUCAUUCAUUUGUCAGUAUUACACCAAACAUUUUUUUUUUUUUGUGGCAAAAAAUACUUUUGUUUUGUAUUCAUUUAAAUUUAGGUCAAAUAACAUUUUAUUUAUGUGGCUCAUUUUAUAUUUCCUAAUUUUAUUUAUUUCAUACUGUAGUGUACAGUAUUAUAGUUCUUCAAUAUAGAUAUAUUUUAGUAAAAAAGGAACAUGACGUCGAUCACUUGGGCAAAUUUUACGUAAAGAGAAGAGCAUUUAUUGUGUUUUGGGACAUUAUUUGUGAAAUGCGAUUUUUCAAUUUUAUUAUUUUAUUUUUGUUUUGUUUUUUUUCCAAUUACUGGAAAUUCCAAAUUUGGGAACUUUUGAUACGAUCUUGUGAAAACACUGUAUUUUCGACUGAAAAUUCCACUUUCUUCAUCUUGUUUUUUAGCUAAAAAAAAAAGAGGGACUGUUAAAUACAAUGUAUAAUACCAUAAAAAAAAAAUCUUUCCUGAAUUGUCUUUGUAAAAGUAUUAUUGAAUUUUCAAUUUGUUAUUUCUCUUGAAAAUGACCAUGCUCGAAUAAAAAUGUAGCCAAACUAUGCAAAGAGUGAA